CAAGUAAUCUAGUAUCGAAAUUAAAUUAUUAAAUUUAUUCUUCUUUUCUAAUCACUUUCAGUGACGUGAAAUCGAAUCUUCUAACGGAGGUGCCAAAUCUACGAAAUUGCAGCGAACUCAGGGUUUUGGACUUGGCCAGUAAUAUGAUUCCGUCAUUGCCAGAUGAGUCAUUCAAAGGUCUGAGCAUGCUGCACGACCUGCUUCUGUCGAACAACAAAUUGCAAGUGAUCCCAAGCGGCGCGUUCACCGGAUUGUCGAGGUUGCAGGUGUUAAAUCUCGGGAACAACGUAUUUCCAGCACUGCCAACGUCGGGACUGUCAGGCCUGUUACACCUUAAAACGUUCAACAAUCCAGCAUUGAGAGAAUUCCCGGCACCAGAGAGGUUUCCACGUGUGCAAACGAUGGUACUGUCGUACGCUUAUCAUUGUUGCUCGUUCUUGUCGGUCGAGGUGGAAGAUCCGGUGACCAAAUCCUCCGUUCAGGAGUCUAUCUUUUUCCCUACAGACAAUGACUUCGAUAUGAGUCUGUGGAACUCGAGUUUCACCGAUAUCUGGCCACAGCUGAAUAACAUGACCGACAAAUUUGGCUCGCAAAUAAAUGAACUUUGGGCUAACUUUGGUUCAGAUUUUACGUACCCUGGUAACCUGCCCUCAUAUGUUGAGGAUUAUUUUGAAGAGCAGAACAGCCGUGUUACGCUGCCAGCUCGAACGCUGCCUUCUCACGUACAGUGCCUACCUCAACCUGGUCCUUUUUUACCGUGCCAAGAUCUCUUCGACUGGUGGACUCUACGUUGCGGCGUAUGGGUGGUAUUUUUGCUCGCCAUGCUGGGAAACGGGACCGUGGUGUUUGUGUUGAUAUUCUCCAGAAGCAAGAUGGAUGUUCCUCGGUUUCUCGUUUGCAACCUCGCGGCAGCAGAUUUCUUCAUGGGCAUUUAUUUAGGCCUGCUGGCGGUGGUGGACGCAUCGACGCUUGGUGAAUUCCGGAUGUACGCCAUUCCGUGGCAGACGUCCGCCGGAUGUCAGCUAGCUGGCUUCCUGGGUGUUCUCAGUUCUGAAUUGAGCGUGUACACGUUGGCGGUGAUCACUCUGGAAAGGAACUACGCCAUAACACACGCCAUGCACCUGAACAAAAGACUGUCCCUGAAACAUGCGGGCUAUAUAAUGACCGUAGGUUGGUGUUUCGCCCUGUCGAUGGCAAGUCUGCCCCUGAUCGGUGUCUCGGAUUACAGAAAGUUCGCCAUAUGCCUGCCAUUCGAGACUAAUGGGAACGCGGCCCUGGCGUACGUGAUCUUCCUAAUGCUGAUCAACGGCGUUGCGUUUCUCAUAUUGAUGGGAUGCUAUCUGAAGAUGUACUGCGCGAUCAGAGGCUCGCAGGCGUGGAACUCGAACGAUUCUCGGAUUGCUAAGCGGAUGGCUCUGCUGGUGUUCACCGACUUCCUCUGCUGGUCACCCAUAGCGUUCUUCUCGCUGACCGCCACGUUUGGGUUGCAGCUGGUGUCCCUCGAACAAGCGAAAGUGUUCGCCGUGUUCGUGUUGCCGUUGAACUCCUGCUGCAACCCGUUUCUGUACGCGAUCUUGACCAAACAGUUCAAGAAAGACUGCGUGCUUAUCUGCAAGGCGAUCGAGGAGUCUAGGGUGACCAGGGGGAUCGGCCGAUGUCGGCACAGCUCCAACUUCAGCAACAGGCAGACACCUGUGAAUACGAACAGUCUGGUGGACAGAUCGUCGCGAGAAAAUCAGACACCCUGCGCCUGUAAUUCAAGACUGCUCGAGGCCAGCCAGUGCUCCGGCUACCGGCGAUGGGGCACCAGGAUACUGUGGCCAUGCGCCAGGGAUACCAGACCCAGACACGCCCGUAGCGAUCAGUACGCUUACCAGAUCGCCGAGAUUCAACAGAAGCAGCACAAACGGGCCUCGUCCGUGUCCUCCAGUGAGAACUUCUCCUCGUCUAGGUCGGACUCUUGGAGGCAGACACAUCACUGCGGCAUCCCAUUGAGGCUGUUGGACCCGAAACGAAGAGCCUCUUCGUGGCUGAUCACCAGGAAACCGUCGCAAGACUCGAACCUCAGCUCCUCCAGGAACGAUUCCUCCGGUUCUGCCACCACUGCCAGCACAAGCACUUGGAGAAUCUCAAGGUCCAGCGCGUCGCUAGAGGUAACCGCGAGAAACACGCCCAGACCGACCAGGUCGAAGCCACGGCUCACUCGUCAGCUGGCUAUACAAGAACCGGAACCACCCGGAUCACCGAGCAGAUUGGCCGUCAGGCUCCUUGCAACCAUACCCUCUGCGGCAGAGACCAGCGAUCAACAAGACGACGACAAUACGCCGCAAAACUGAACGAUCAUCUUGCGCGCAUUUCUGUUUGUUAGAGAUCGUAGCCGAUUGUAAUAGAGUAAAGACACAAGUCGCUCGUUGCUGCCGAACGGUUUCAGUAUUAAGUGUCCUCUGUGUGUGUGUGUGUGU